CACAAACAAAAUUUUCACUUCCCAGUUGGUAUCCAAAGUCUCUUUCUCUCUCUACAACCACUUUCUCUGAACCUUUUGGUCUUUUGGCUUCUCUGCAACUUUACUUUGUCGAGCUUUCAUUUACGGAGAGCCAAAAUUGCCUUCAUUUGUCCAAUUCAGAGUCUUUUUUUAUAGAUCUUUAGAAAAAUCUUUUUUUUUUUCCCGUUUCUGUUUCCUUUUUGGGUUCCCAUUUGAUGAGUGAUUGAUCUCGUUUUAGAGGAAACUAAAGGUCGUUUUGUUUUUUUGGCAACAAUGAAGUCUUCAAGUCGGCUUGACUCGGCUGUUUUUCAACUCACUCCAACUCGGACAAGGUUUGUUCGUUUUGUGAGCACUCCAGAGGUCUUGGAACGUGUGUAUGCCUUGGAAUCUGAGAUCUUGCAGAUUGAAGAGGCAAUUGCGAUUCAAAGUAACAAUGAAAUAGGGUUGGCCAUGGUCAAAGAUCAUCAAACAAAAUCUGUGGAACACAUUGAAGGUAGCAGGCCUCUGCUGGAUUCUAAUGAGGAGAAAGCCAUUGUCCUUUACAAGGUGGGUGCACACCUAAUAAUUCUCAUACAAUGGCUUUUGACAGUGAGAGAAUUGUUAAAAGACCUUGAGUGGGAGCAUAUACCAAGGCCAGUGUCAAAUCUCCAACGAUUGCAUCUUAAUUUUUAAAUUCAAACUCAAUCAUAAUUAAUCCAACCACAAUGCCUAUGACAUUUUCCUAACGGUUUUCUAAUGGGUACAAAUUUGUAUCCAUUAAAAUUUAUUUGAUGCACUAACAUGGUAAAUUUUAA